AUGUUGAUUUGGAAGAAUGAGAAAACGUCGAAAGGACGCCUCAAUCAUACACUUCUUCUGUGUUCAGACAAUUCUUUUUUACCUCGAAUGAACACGUGUCAGCACAUAACGUGUCUUCAACCUUUGCAGCUCUUGAAUAUUCUUCAUUUUGAUGUACACAACUGUUCUUCUUUAUGGACAAUUUAUGGACGUACCCUGUAUUUAGACAACCGAUUAAGGUGGAAAGCACAUUCUGAAAUAUUAUUACAGAAAGGAUCAGCAAGAAUCGGUUUGUUAAAAUGA